AGAAAUAGGGAUAUGGCUAUAAAGUCAUAAUUAUUGUCAUAUAAUUAUAUAUGGAAGUAUGGUAAGUAUGUACGUCCUGUGACGCGUAAAUAAAUGACACUCGGACCUGAUCUGUUUGUUACUCACAAGUUGAUCUCAUUCCUUCAGGGGGACGCAAUCAAAUCAGAUAUCAUGGGCGCAAAGUCCUCUCGAAAAAAAAGCCGAGAUGGAAGUAUUACUUUGGAUUUGGAAUACAAGUCAAGAAAUACAUGUUUCGACACUAGUAUAAACAUUGAUGAUAAGGGAGUGCGUCGAUUGUGGUCUUAUAAUAGUACAUCUGGGAAAGGGAAAUACGUGUUUAUUACAAACACGUCGCCUAGUCGUGAUUCUACUGAUUCGUAUGUCGUCGCGGCCACUGCUGAUGCUGAAGGGGAAACUAUACCUCGAACCGACAUCACGUUCCACGAAGUACAACGAAAACCGGAUCCGCAACUGUUUCAACUGCAAUUCAAUAAAAAUAAUAAGAAAUACUACCUCGCUGCUUCAGAAAGUAAUGUGGUCGCAGUUGAUGGGACUGAUGAUGCAACAUCAUUUGAAGUUACGCAAUUGUUCCAACCAAACAGUGCUUUUUGUGUACUUCAAUCCAAUAAAAAACAAGGAACAGAUGACUUGUACUUGAGCAGUGAUGGAGCUGGAAAUAUGAAAUUGAAGGUUUGGAACAAACCUAUUCCAGGCCCUCCAGACACAACCGCAGAGGUUGACCCUGCCUUGCUAUUUCGGGCUGUUAGGCCAUUUGGAAAGAGCUAAAUCUGUUACAACUUAGUUCCAAACUAUAAACUAGUGAAAACAAUAAUUACAGCGUGGGACUUGAAUUGAUUCCCAUUAUUUAAAA